AUGGCUGCAGAUGAAAUUCUUGCAGUCCGUUCGCCCGAGGGACACACUGACGAUUCGGCUACCGCGAUGGAUCCUCCUUCUCCGAGAUCAGAGCAGAAAACAAGUUCGUCGGACUCAAAUAACCAAUCUAAGAAGCGGUCUGCUUCUACUACAGAACCCAAUGGCUCGACGAAGGUCACAAAGCGGAGGGCGGCGAGGGCCUGCAUAAGCUGCAGGAGCCGAAAAGUAAGGUGUGAUGUUGUCGAGGGUGCACCUUGUGGGAAUUGCAGAUGGGACAACGUGGAAUGCAUUGUGCAGGAAAGCCGUCGAAGGAGAAAGAAUCUCUUCAAUUCGAAUUCAUCUGCCUCUCAAAAUACAACUGCCCCGCAAACUGCCGAGGCACAAUUGAGAGCGAAACCCGCAAAUCCUAUUGCCAUCGCCUCUGCUGCACAGCCGUUACGACGCGCUAGCGAGGCAACUCAGUCUUCAGCUGCUAGCAAUGAUGUAACUAGCUCAGGGGCGGCAAUCUUGGAUGGCGGCUUAGAAAGUCACGUUCCUCAUUUGCUAUAUCAACGAUCAGGCUUACGUCCUGAUCCGGUAUUGCUAUCCACUCUCCAGGCCGGCAGCAAUAGGUCGAGGUAUCCCAGUAUCUGGCCGAACCCGAACACAUGUCAGAACUCAAGCUCGGUUGCCGCUACGGGCGCUUUGAGGACCGCCCAAUUCCUCAACUCGCUCGAGGAGCCCGAUGCUUCUUCGCAACUGCCUGCCUUCAUCCGACCACUCCCGUCCAAGAUAGCCCCUGAAGAUGUGACGUACCUUCACACCAAGGGCGCGCUUUCGUUGCCUGGGCCUAAUCUCCAGAAUGCCCUACUCACCGCUUACGUCGAGUAUGUUCAUCCUUACAUGCCUCUCAUCGAGCUGCAUGAUUUCCUCGGCAUGAUCAAUGCUCGAGAUGGGCUGUACGGACAGGCUAGCUUGUUCCUGUACCAAUCCAUUAUGUUUGCGGCCACUGCCUUCGUCGACGUGAAGUACCUCAAGGAGGCUGGCUAUGCCAGUAGGAAAGCCGCCCGAAGGGAGUUCUUCUCUAAGGCUAGGCUUCUGUACGAUUUUGAUUACGAGAGCGACCGCCUCAUCCUCGUACAAGGACUUCUACUCAUGACUUAUUGGUAUGAGACGCCGGACGACCAGAAGGACACGUGGCACUGGAUGGGAGUCGCCAUCUCGCUGGCGCACACUAUCGGCCUUCACCGCAAUCCGGCCAACACUAACAUGACGCCGCGGAAACAGAAGUUGUGGAAGAGGAUAUGGUGGUCGUGCUUCAUGCGGGAUCGCCUAAUCGCCCUUGGCAUGCGACGACCAACGCGAAUAAAGGAUGAGGAUUUUGACGUACCGAUGCUGGACGAACACGAUUUCGAGAUCGAGCCGCUCGCCGACGAAAUCCAAAUUAUCGGCCCUGAAUGCACAUUGAUGCGCGACGUUUUGAUGCAGCAGGAACUCGCUUUGAUGUGCGUCGCGAAAGCAAAGCUUUGUCUCUGCAUCAGCCGCAUGUUGAAAGCUCAGUACUCGGUCUUGAUCAGAGAUAAGUCGAGGGCAGAGAACACUACUAACAGUACCAUGAUGCUGUUCCCUAACAAGCAGCUUGAUAACGUAGAAAGCGUCAAUUCGUGCGACUUGGAACUCCUAUCGUGGUCGCAAUCGCUUCCGGCCUGCUGUCAGUACAGGCCGCUGUCGGCAAUGGAUCUUAAGGGUGGUCGCGCGACAAUUGCGGUGCAACGGAACCUCUUGCAUAUGGUGUAUUACACGACCAUAUCCGCUCUUCACCGACCCCAGUUCCUCCCGUCAUCGCCGACACACGCGCCUCAGACGUCAGUGCAGGUUCAGGAAAUGUCCCGCACAAGGGUCCGUGAGGCGGCAUCACAGAUCACGCGCAUGGUAGCCGAAUUGCAUGCCUUGCGAUUGGAGAAGUACCUCCCGACUACCGGUGUGACCGUGAUCCUCCCCGCCAUGAUCAUCCACCUGCUUGAGAUGAAGAACCCACUACCCCAACCCCGCGAGAUCGCCAUGCGCAGCUUCAAGCAAUGCAUGAAAGUGAUGGAGAAGCUGCGCGACAUCUACUCCGCCGCGGACUACGCGGUCGCGUUCCUAGACGCGGCACUCCGAAAGGCCGCCAUCGACCUGCAGGCGGCGCAGAACCAGGCCUUCAAUCAGACCGGCGUCCUGAACAACGUCAAGACGUCGCUGCCCCAAUUCACCGCAUCCGCGGCCGCGGUCGAGAAUAUGGCGACGCCGCCGCCGGAGAAUGCGCCGUACGCGACGACCCAGGAGACGAGCCUGUUCUCGAAAUCGGCGCAGCAGUUCAUGACGCCCGCCGCCGAGCUCGUCACGACUACGGUCCACUCCCCGCCGCACACGGAGAAGGAUGUGCUUACACCCAGCGCGAGCGGGUCCUCCGACGGACACGCUGGCCCAAUGGACUUGGAUAUGGACUUCGAUACCCUCGACAACCACGACGAGUUCGAUUGGAACGCACUCACGGGCACGAACAUCGACUUCGACCAGUGGCUGCAGUUCCCCGGCGAGAACAGCAAGGGUGCAUGUACAGGGGCAAAUGGCGGAGGAGCGGGUGCUGGCACUGGCUUGGUGACGAUGAGCGAGAUCGAUGGGUCGGCGAAUUUCAAUAUCGGUUUGCUGGACGGGGCUGGGCGGGGAGUUUUGUCCUAA